CCAUGAUUCUUUUGUUUCACCGAGUCUUUCUUAAUGUCAGCACAGUUGAGCUCGUCAGCAGUAGCCUAACAUGCUAACUAUGAGUUGCGGCAACCAGUGUUGGUAUUCUUAUAGUAUUUAAAAGUUUUAUUGAGCUUUACGUAACUUUAAGUCUGCAUUGGAGGACAAUAGGCGCAGCAGCCAAAGGGGGAGUGCUUUGUUUCGGUGCCCGACGUUUCUGGUGGGGCGUUACAGCUAGUUGCUCAGGAAAUUAUGCCGUCUUUAUUUUCCAUUAUUUGACCUCUGUGCUAAAAACGUCAAUAUGGAGGCCUCUCACCUGUAUUUGCACUGAUCUAUCAAGCUCCGUGAUGAAGAAAAAGCCAAACAGGGUGGUUCUUCCAAAGCAUGGGAUGCUGGUCACCGACACAUCCACCACAGAGGGGUGCAGUAUCCCGUCAAACUCCAGAUCCGUCCAGGAGUCACCCCUUCCUCUCAGACACCUCAGUAUGUCACUGCACAGUGAAAACCUCCUUGCGUUUCUGAAUGAGGACCGGACCCGGCAGAAGUUCUGUGAUGUGUCUGUGUGGGUGGGUGGGAGGGUUUACAGAGCCCACAAAGCAGUCCUGGCCCAUGGGAGCAGCUACUUCAAUGCAGAACUGUCCAAGAGCCCAGCUACAAUGACUCACGUCACUCUGGACCAUGUGGAAGAUUCAGUUUUCCAGUACCUGCUGGGCUUUCUGUACACAUCAGAGUGUGUUGUUGCAGAGACGGACCUUCCAGCUCUAGCAGAAGCAGCCAGGUUCUUGGAUAUGAUGGACAUAUUAAAGCUGUUAUGUGAGGAUGGUAAAGCUAAAGCUACCCCUUCCCAGGCUGAGAUGAGGAGGCAUUCUGAGUUGGAAGUUCCUUCGUGUGACUCUCCAGGGGCAGACACAGAGAUCCAGAGCACCCAGUCAAGCAGCACAACCUCUCUGCAGUACAGUGUUGCUGAGAGUACGAAUACAGGACAGGUAAAUUCAAGUGAUGAGGUGAGGACAUGUCAGAAAAGUGCCACAGCGCGGAGAUCAGCUCGUACAAGAAGAACACCCACUAAAUAUAAGAAGGAUGAUGGAAAAAAAAGUGUCAGCAGUCUUAAGGAGCAACAAAGAUCUGAAUCACCAGGGAAACAAGAUGACACCAAAGUGUACAAAGUUUCAGAGGUUAAUCUGUAUGUGAAGGAGCCCUCCAAACCAUCUCAGGGUGAUGACGUGAUGGAGGAGGAAGCAGAGGAGGACGAGCACGGAGAUGUUAGUGCAGGUGCUGUUUCGCAGAAAAAGAUUUCUGAGGCUUCUGGAACUGACAAGACUGGUGGAGAGGAAGAUUCACCCACUGAGAGAACAGAGACACCAUCUGGGCGAGAUCAGGAGGUUCACACGCCACCAGCAACAAGCACUAACCAGAGUCCAGAGUAUCCUGAGGGUCUGGCUCCAGUCAUCAUCCAAACAUCCAGCAAAAAGACCCUUAAGUGUCCCAAAUGUGAGAAGACUUUUGAUCGUGCAGGGAAAUAUGAGAGCCACACCAGAGUCCAUACAGGAGAGAAGCCUUUCCAGUGUGACAUAUGCCUCCAGUGCUACUCCACCAAGUCCAACCUGACUGUGCACAAGAAGAAACAUGCAAGUGAUGCUCCCAUUCCAAAGAAGGAGCACAAAUGUCCCUUUUGCAACAAACUUCAUGCCAGCAAGAAAACCCUGGCCAAGCACGUCAGAAGGUUUCAUCCUGAUCACACGCAGGAGUUCUUUGCUGCGAGGAAAAAGAAGAGCGAAGGCUGGAAAUGUGCAAUAUGUUCAAAGACGUUCAGCCGCAGGCCUCAUCUGCAGGAGCACAUGAUCCUGCACACCCAAGACAGGCCCUUUAAAUGCUCAUUCUGCGACGAGUACUUCAAGUCCAGGUUUGCAAGGCUGAAGCACCAAGAAAAAUACCACUUAGGUCCUUUUCCCUGUGAGAUCUGUGGACGCCAGUUCAAUGACACCGGCAACAAGAAGAGGCAUAUUGAGUGCACGCAUGGAGGCAAAAGGAAGUGGACUUGCUUUGUUUGUGGGAAAUCAGUGAGGGAAAGGACAACGUUAAGGGAGCACCUGCGUAUCCACAGCGGAGAGAAGCCUCAUCUCUGCAGCAUUUGCGGGCAAAGCUUCCGUCACAGCAGCUCCUACAGGCUUCACCUCAGAGUCCACCAUGAUGACAAACGCUAUGAGUGUGACGAGUGUGGGAAAACCUUCAUACGCCACGAUCACCUGACCAAGCAUCAGAAAAUACACUCCGGUGAGAAAGCACACCAGUGUGAAGAAUGUGGGAAGUGCUUCAGGCGACACGAUCAUCUAAGUGUCCACUAUAAAAGUGUUCAUUUGGGAGAGAAAGUUUGGCAGAAAUAUAAGACUGCUGUGCAUCAGUGUGAGGUGUGCAAGAAAGAGUUUAAAGGAAAGUCCAGUUUGGAAAUGCACUUCAGGACUCACUCAGGUGAGAAACCACACAGAUGCCCAGAAUGCCAUCAAACAUUUCGGAUCAAGAAGACUUUAACGAAGCACAUGGUUAUUCACUCAGACGCCCGUCCUUUUAACUGUCAACACUGCAGCGCCACCUUUAAAAGAAAAGACAAGCUGAAGUACCAUGUGGACCAUGUGCACAGCGCCAGAUUUACUGAGCCACCCCCCAGCCAGGACAAAGCUGUCUCUGCUCCUUUUGAUGUUACCUCAAAGACAUACAACUCUGAAUCCAAGUCAGCCCCACAGAGCGCCUCCAACCCAGCAACCGUCUGCAUACCCAUCACUUUAGUCCCUGUUGCCAUGGCAGCAGGAGGUCAGGGGGACCUGAACCCCCACAGGGCUGCAUCUCUCUCGUCACAGACUCACAGUGUCGUAAACAUUCAGGCUCAGGGGCAGCAGCAGAACCCAGGCUACCAAGCUGCAACAGAUCUGGCUUUCUUAGAGAAGUACACCCUCACCCCUCAGCCUGCUAACAUUGUCCACCCUGUAAGGCCCGAUCAGAUGCUGGACCCUCGAGAGCAGUCGUACCUGGGCACACUACUGGGUCUGGACUCGGCUUCCUCUGUGCAAACCAUCUCUAACUCUGAUCAUACUCACUGAUGACUCACUCUGUAGAAACGUGCAGAUUCAGGACAUGAACUAUGGUUUGAUUCAACAGGCCAAUGUCACAGGAUAGAGAUGUAAAAACAUUUACUAAUUUAUUACUGUUUCUGUCUACUCUUUUAUAUAAUUUAUAUCACCAUAAUCAUUUUAACAGAUUAACAAAUGUGAUUUAAUGCCAGAUAUAAAGUUAACAAAUAUUUUUAGCUGCCAAACUGUGAUGAAAUAACUUUGGUCUAUUAAACAGAUACGUUCUUAUCUCCUGUCUUGGUCCAGGACUGUAUUCGUUUACCUGUAUAAUACUAGCUGAAGAAAACCUAGUUUAAUUUGCAACAGUCAAAGCAAUUAGACAAUCCUGAUAUUUUAAUGCAUAGAAUUUUUUAUUUAUUUAGAAAUGAUAAUUUUUUUAACUGAAAAGUACACCUGUAAGAUAAAAAUCAUAAAAGAUCAAAAUCC